AAAAAAAAAACUCUUUCAUCUUCUUCUUAUUUCCUAGUUCCCACACAAAUCUCUCUCUCUCUCUCUCUCUGAGGAAGAAGAUGUUAGUACGGAAGCGCCCACGGCCGCAGAUGAAGAGAACGGCGAGUAUGUCAGGAAUCAAGGUGGAUGUCAGCCACGUGGAAGGUGGACAGCCGUCUGAUCACCAUCACAGUCCCGGAAGCUGGCAAAAUCCUCCGGCGAUCGCCGCCGACGCUGAUCUGAUGAACUACACCUUAUCCUUCGUGUCGCCGAGAGGCCGGAGAAAUCUCUCCGCCUUCAACGACGGCGGCGACGAUUCCGUUCACUUUCUACGCACUUGCACCUUCUGUCACCGCCGUCUCUCACCCGCCCGUGACAUUUACAUGUACAUGGGAGAUACAGCAUUCUGCAGUGCAGAGUGUAGAGAGCAGAAGAUGGAACAAGAUCACGGCAGUGGUGGAAGUGGAUCAAAGCAAGACGGCGGCGCCGUCGGCCGCCACCUCUAGGGGAGGGGCUCCGGCGACCAGACUGUGGCCGGGCAACAGCUUUUUGAAGUAUUUGUAUGUGAAAGAAAAAGCAAAAGAAAAAGAAAAAAAAAAGACAUGGGAGUUUGUGUCAUGACUAAAUUAUUAGGAAAAAAAAAGUAUGUGAUUAAUGAUUAUGAAUCAGCAGGGAAAUUUGUGAAUUUGAUAUACAAAGCUAACUACACGUUUUUGCUUCACAAACAUAUAUGAUAUAUAUUUUUUCUUUUGGGUUCAA